GCAGUUUGAGGAGAAUUGUGCGGCCGGACUGCUGAGCGGACAAUAUGACUGAUACAGUACAAGACAAAGGGACAGAUUUUGAAGAUUCAACAGAAGAGGAUAUUGGAAUAAAUCUUCAGAUGCACCUUCUGUCAGAUGAUAGACGUAGGGAUCAUUGUGAUUACUUAUUGGACGCAUUGGAUGAGCAACUUGACCAGCUACAGUCACAACCUAGUUUCAAGACUUCUUUGAGAACUACUGACAUCCCCAAAAACUCAAGUGCAACAGGACAAAACGACCGAGUGGAAGAUCUCAUCCCUGUGGACUCCUCAGUGACAGAAGAUAGCAAAGGUUCUCCUGUAUACAAGCAUGUGGCCGGUGUUGCUUUGAAGAGUUUUGAUGCCGUGACUGUUGACAGUGAUUUGGACUCUGUGACAACAGAAAGAGUCCGAGAUCACAUCCGUAAAGCUUUGGGCAACAGCAAAGGAGAUUCCAGUCACAAAACCAGAAGAUUUACACGCAGUAAAAGUAGCUCUGGGCGAUAUCCUGACUUUAGCAAAGUAUCCACAGAUGAUGAAGAAGACUUUGAUAGACCAUUUACAAACAGAGAACUAAAGGAUGACCUUUCUAAACGAUGGAUCUCCAGCACUCUUAAAUCAGCAGAGUCCUCCAGAGAUAUCUGUGCAAAGGGCAUACCCAGUGACAUACUGUGCUCCCCUGAGCAAGCACAGAGCCGGAGAAUCACAGAGAAACUCGCAACUGAACGGGUAAUACUGGAGGAAACUAUUGCCAAACUCCGUAGGGAUGUAGCAUGUGAAGAAGAGAGAUUGUCACAAAGAAGAUCCCAGUGCAGGGAAGCAGAACAGAUGUUUAAUGAUGCCCUGCACCAGAAAAAGGAAGCUUAUCAUGAGCUGCAGUCCCUACGUGAAGUACUAGAGAGUACUCAGAAAGAAGUCGUGAAGAUGGAGUCACAUGUGAGGGAGAGCCAGAUCACAGAGGACGAUGUCAGGCGUGAGCUAGUGAUCCUGGAGUACAAACGCAGCGAGUACAUGAAGGAACUGCAGGAACUAGAGCUGGAACUGGAAUCUAUACGUCAGCAAUGCUCCAGUACGCACAGCGGCCAAGUAAACAGCUUCCAGUAUGAGAUCUCUUCUUUGAAAACGGAGAGAGACGAGUUAAAAGCUCAUCUGCGGCAUCUGGAGGGAAGUCUGACAUUUAUGGAAAGGCAGGAAUUAGAACGUCAACUGAACCAUACAAAGUCAGAACUGUUCUCUGAGCAAAGAACAUCCAGAUCAAAGAUAGAGAAGCUGCAUGAGAAUUUAGAGGAGUGUCAGAGUAAGCUGGACGAAUCACGGGCGGAUUGUGCUGAGAGGCAGGAGAAGAACAGGCAGCUGAAGGCACAAGUGCGGGAACUUGAGAAGAAGUAUGAGACCCAAAUCCAGAGUCAGGCAGAAGAAGCCAGUGAACAAAAAGACGCGUCCGACCAACAGAUCGCUGAACUAAAGACCCAGGUCCAGGAACAAGGCACAAGAACUGCUUCCCUUGAGAAGAUCCUCUCUGAGAAAGAGCUGGACCUGCUGAAGCUGAGAGACGUUAUAUCCUCAGUGAAAGCAGAGAAGGAAGCCCAGAUGCUGGCCGCAGAGGUUCUGAAAGAAGAACACAAAAAGCGGCUGCUUGACCUGCAGCUCCAGCAUCAGCAAGACAAGGAUUUACAUAUAUCUAAACUGAAGGAAGAAAUGCAGAGCCAAAAACAAAAGGCAAUCCAGCAGUUUGCAGAAAAUAUGGAACAAGUGAAAGCAAAAGCUCUUCAGGAUCAAGCAGAAUCUUUGAAAAAGGAAAUGGAUAAAGUGCUCAGUUCUAUUGAGAUUAAAGAUAAAGAAAUUGAAAGAUUGAAGGAGACUCUGAAGUCACAGAAAGAGUCAAUGAAGAAACUGGCUGUAGAGCUCAAACAAGAAGCAAGGGAAAUGGUGCACAACACUUUGCUGCGAGAACAGAAAAAGUGGGAAAAUGAAAAAAGAGAUGCUCUUCAGAUACAAAGACACACAUUGGAGGAAGAGAAACUCCGAGAAAUGGCAGACCUGCGGGAAGCACUGGAAAGAGAGCGCAGGACGUCUAUGACACUGGAAAAGAAAUGUGCUGAUCUCCAAAACAUAAUUCAGGAGCAUGAAAUUCACCAGAGGUCUCUACAGCGCGAGAAGCAAGAAGCUUUAGAGGAACUUCGUGCUAUCCUGAAAGAAGAGAAACAAGAGGAGAUGCGGAGGCUCGAGCUCGACCUUGCACAGGAGAAGGAGCGGGACAUUGAGCGUUUCAAGCAGCGGCUGCAGCAAAUGGAGGAAGAGCAGCAUGAGCUCAGGGCUGAAAAGAAUGAAUCAAUUUUCAGAGAACGAGAAGCAAUGGCCCAGGCUGAGCGAGCAGAAAGGGCCCUUGCCAGGGAGAUCAAUGCAGCUUGUGAACGCAUGCAGUGCACUCCUGGGAGGACUAAAGCACAGAGUCCAUCACGAAGUAGACAUGAGAGUCCUUCUCACCCUUCCACCAACCAAGCAUUGAAAGUGCUGCAUGAAGUAAGUGAGGAAACCAACCAGUUGAUUCGCGAAUUACAACAAGAAGUAGAAGCUCAGAAGCGCACGUUACUGCUUGUACAAAGAGAGAAGGAACGUGAGUUUCAGCAAUUAAAAGAACUGAUGCAGCUAGAGAAGGAGAAAGCUGUGGAAAUGAUAAAAGACAGACUCAUACAGGAACACAUAGAAGAAAUCACAAAUCUGCAGCGGGAACAGCUGAGGGAGUCGAAUGGAGGAGAGAACCAGUCUAUGCGGCAGCAGCUCAGAGAAAAGGACAAUGAGCUGAGAGCCAUCCAGAGGAAUAUGGCCAAAUGGAAAGAUGACACUGCCACAAAACUGGCUCGAAAAUUUGAAGAGGAACUUAAUGCAGAGCUUGAAAAGAGCUUGUCUAGGAGUAAAGCCUCAGAAAGUCACAGGAACCCAGAGAGAACUGGAUCGGUUGUCCGGAGAUUGUCCUUGGAAAGGAAAGACAGUUCCCAUCUGCGGUCAGCCUCCAACCCGUCACUCAAUGGUGCAGUGUCACAGCAUGAUUUCAGUGCACUGAAGAUUCUGCGCAAUUUACAAGGGAGAGUGAAGGAACUGCGGGCAGAUAAUGGAGGAUACCAUGGUAGGAGCAUGGAGGAUCUGAGUAUGCUAAGGACUGACAUGGGAGGCUCGUACCGAGAGAAAAGACCAAUUAUAAUGGAACGAUCCAUAUCACAGACUCAAGGAUAUAUGAGGAAAUGAAUGCUGUCGGGUCAGGAGAGAAAGUGAAACAUCAGGGUUAGAAGCAAUAGCGAUGAGAAGCCGUUCAUCCUUUGGGGCCACAAAGUGCCAAUAUAUACAAAAUGUCUAUUUUACUUAACUAAUUUCUACUAAUUUUUGCUGAUUUCUUCUGUACAUUCACCAGUGUAGAACAGCAUCCUCCAACGUGUGCAGGUUCACUCUGGAGAAGCAUAAGGGAGCCUUCACACCAGGCAGAAAAUCAUUUAUCUGAAUGGCGCUGCUUUGGCGGGAAGCACGUGGAUUUAUACAAGCCCUGUUUAGAAGAAUUGAACCGAUUUUAAGGCUACUUUCACACUCGCGUUUAGGCUUUCCGUUUGUGAGAUCCGUUCAGGGCUCUCACAAGCGGUCCAAAACGGAUCAGUUUUGCCCUAAUGCAUUCUGAAUGAU